GCAUAUCUGUUCUGUCUCUUGCAUCCAUGGUCUGCAAAAAGUGUGAAACUAAACUGUCCAAGGUAGCUGCCCCUGAUCCAUUUACCGCCACAUCAUCCAGUGUAAAGGACGGCUCCCGCAGGAUUGGCGAAAACAAGCUCCUGUCUCGUCCAGGUAGCUCAAGAAAUCGCUUUCAACCAUAUCAAGGAAAAUGCAAGGACUGUAAGCAGCCAGUAACGCAAAAUAAGGCCAAAUACUGCCAUGGCUGUGCAUACAAGAAAGGUUUGUGCUCAAUAUGCGGGAAGCAGAUAUUGGACACAUCAGGAUACGUGAUGUCAAGUAAAUGAUGAACGUAUGGGUAGAUACCCCGUCUCUUUUUACCCUGUACACUGGCAAUGAUGGACACUUGUAUGAUAUAGACGAUGAUUGUAUCACUAUUUAUUAUACUAUGUAACAUCGCAAAAGGACUUUCACAAUGAUCCACCACAAGUUUAAAUAGUGAA